GUGCGAGCUAUUUUGCGGCUGCGAGCUGAUUCCUACAACAGCGACACGCGUGGCGGCACGGCGGGGCAGGGCUCGGUGUUUUCAGGCGCCUUCUUCCUCCACGUUAACUAUUUCCAAAGGCCCGAAAGGGGAUUAAUCAGGUUCUAAUCGGUGCCUCUGGUGCAGCAGAGUACUUCCACCAUGCCAAACCAAGCAGAGAUCUUUGAAGAACUGGGCAUCCCAGGUCAUGUGGUUGCUGCGGCUGGAGGUGGGGGACCGGGCCUAACGUCUGGAGUUAAUGCAGAUGAGCUCGGCAAUGAUGCAACCAUGGAAGGGCUGUGGGCCAUGAAGGCCAUGGAGCAUGCAGAGAUACACUUCAAUCUCUUGUGUGCAGUGGACCCCAAAAUGUUGAGGCUCACUCCCAAGGAUGACUUUAUUUAUGAGGAAUUCAGAAAAGAAUUUCCAGACUUCAGUAUUGGGAAGCUAGAGGAAGAAUCACUCAAAAGUCCUGCAUCAAAGGAGAAAUGGCGACCAUUCUGUCAGAAGUUCGAGAAGGAGGUGGAGGACUACAGCUUUGCCACUCUGGUACGUCUUGAUCCUUUGGAGGACUACACUGAGUCAAACACCAUCCUGGUCACCCGCAUCCAGUUUUUCUGCAUUGAAGUUGCUCGUAACCGGGAGGGUCAAAAUGACUCCAUAAGAACCAGAUUUAAGCCCAAACCCCGCACCAAGAAGACCCAGCAAUAGCAGCUAGAAUGUUUGCAUCUCCUUUGGUUGGUCUUGGUAUGCUUGAUAUUAACGUGUGCAAAUAUAAAUGUGCAUUUGUAUGAAUGUGUAUUCACCUCUUGUUUCUACAAUUUCUUCUUAAUAUCUGUUAUAAAUAUAAAAUGUAUUUGAA